AUCAUGAAUGACUGACUGACUUGCAGUUCAGAAAUAGUGGAAUUGAGGAUUGUACUGCGGCACAGCUGACGAGUGCUCUUGUUUUUAGAAGGCAGUGUAAUUGGCAUCGCCUCCUUGUAUGCAGUGGUACCACAAAGGUUUCCUUCACAUUUCUCCCAAAACCAGCCAGGAAUCCAUCUGGACGAACCAAAACAUUGCGGAAUUGAUCUUCAGAAUUGGUUCCUAUAUACUCUUUCCAAAAAAAAAAAAAGGUCGAACGGCUAGUUGUAGAUAUAUAUCGAGCUAUCCAGGCAGUCUGCUUUUAUAAGUGCGUGAUCGACUGUUUUUUAACGAUGGCUUUGAACUCAGAUUCCAAUCAUGCGUUGGCCAUCAAGAUCCUCAAUGUGAUCGUGUUCAUCUUCUUCUUCGGCUCGAAUGUUUAUAGCUCCCUGGGUGGUCCAUCCACCGGCUACUAUUCUCAAAAGGAGACAUACAUCACACCAGCUCCAGAAACCUUUUGGAUUUGGACGGUCAUCAAUUUCUUGUUCCUUGGCUUCGUGGUUUUCCAGUUCCUUGAAGCUGGGACUAAAGCUUCGAUCGAUGUGAUUGGAUGGCGGUUUGCAGCGAUCGGAGUAUUACAAUCGAUUUGGAUCCAUUUAUCCGCGGGCCACCAUUACAUCCUAGCCUUCAUUUUCUCAUUGAUCGUUGCCUCAGUAGUUUCGCAUGUGUAUUGGGACCUGGUAGCCUCGAGUCUGCGAUCGAAGACGGAACUGAUCCUGGUCCAUUUACCGUUCAGCUUACUACAUGCUUACCUGGUCUUCCUGCUCGUCUUGAGUGCAUUCACUGCCUUUGGGGUCGAUAGGGCUGAUCAUAAGGCCGGUCCGAUCACCCAAGCACUCGUCAUCAUCGCCCUCUUGUUACUUGCCUCUACCGGGGUCGGUUAUACUAUACACAGUGAUCAAGGAGACGUAGCCGGCGCAAUCGUCAUCGCAAUCGAGCUUGUUGGCGUCUUCACUCGUCAAACUGAUCCCGAGAGUAUCCAUUGGGUUGCCUUUGCAGCCUUUAUCGCUACCCUCCUAGCGAUCAUCAAAGCAUUCUACUCUUCGUUCAGGGGAGGUAGGAUUCGUCUUACAGAUUCCGAACGUGCACCUUUGAUCGCUUAACCGAAGAAAUCUGUACUUUUGCUUAUUAUGUCCUCGACUUGUGUUCAAACUCAGCUUUCAUGCCGACCUUAUAAAAGCAGUUUUUGUUUCUUCUUCUCUUAUCUCUCUUACCUCAAACCAACACAAAGCAGUUUUUAUCUCUUUUCUCUCCCAUUGCUCCACUACUAAACCUCUCAAUAUCAAAUGUGUUACAAAAAGAAAGAAAAAAAUGUUUGUAAAGUGUUUACCUAGCUCAUCUGUUAUGUAUUGUUUUCUUGUUAUCUUUAAAACCCUGUUACUUUGUACAUGUCAUUUUUACAUCCAAAUGAUUGAUUGCGGUAUAUGAAUACACGUAUAUUAUAUUCAAACUUUUAUCCUACU